GCCUCUGUAUCGCGCCUCUCUAACACAUGCUCUCGAACCGUCUAAACAGUCCGAGAAUUAACUCAGCUAUACCAAGUCGCUCCUAUUUGUGGCCGAGCCAAACUGCGCACUCAACACACUGGCGCAAACAAGCGAGCCACUAUCGGCUAUGACGCAGCUUCUCUCCAUGCAUGGCAGCAUUUGAUACCCCGUGGCUAGAACAUAUGUCCACUCCAUCCCGACCCGGAAACGAUGCGUCUCCGCAGCCCACGCCAGACCCGAACCCACCCACAUACGCUGCCUUCUCUCCCUCUACCCUAGGGCAAGCCACACCGCAGACGAAGCUACGAUCCGCAAUAUUAGUACACCAGAAGAGCCCUUUGCUCGCCGCCACACCGCCGCAGAUUACGCGCGUGUUGGCAUACUCGCAUCCGUUCAUACUACCGCUGAACAAGUUUGUCGGACUGUUGACAUGGACGACCGGCGAUCCGUGGGAAAGUUUCCUUCUGGUAGCUGGGUUCUGGGCUUUGGUGCUAUAUGGUGACGCUAUUACACGAUAUGCAGGACCUGUCGUGCUAGUAAUAGGCCUGAUCGCGGGCAUGUAUUCGCGGAGAUACUCCCCGCUUUCGUCUACUUCUUUCACGGGCGAGAAGGGCCAGAAAGGACACAGCAGGGCGGAGUCAGAGACCAAUAUCAAACACCAUAAGAGCUUGGAGGAGAUUGUGGAUAGCCUGAAGCUGUUCACCUCGCGAUGCAGCAUUCUGCUUGACCCAUUUUUGCGGCUGACAGACUUCCUCUCCACGCAAAGGACGGCGACUUCGGCAACCACAAGACCGGCGCUCACUCUACUCUUUGUUCGGAUACUGUUCGUCUUGCCGAUAUGGAUACUUCUAACACUGCCACCAUUCUACAUACUCACCACGAAGCGGAUAGUGUUGGCCGUUGGUACCGUCGUGCUUAGCUGGCACUCCCGACCCGCCCGCGUCUCGCGCGCAAUCCUCUGGCGGUCUCGGACAGUACGCAAAAUAUGUGUCUUCCUUACGGGUUUGAACUUUGGCGACGUGGAUCCUGAAGCGAAAAAUAAGGACGGUGCCCCAGCCCUCCCGCCAAGGAGAAAGAGUGCUCAAGAAGUCGCCGCCUCUCUGGCCGCCAAGCGACGGCCAGACUCGCCCGGUGUUCGAUUCACCUUUAGCAUUUACGAGAACCAAAGGAGAUGGCUAGGCAUCGGGUGGACGUCUUCUAUGCUGGCUUACGAGCGAGCCGCGUGGACUGACGAGCAUCUCAAUCCUGUGCCACCGAAAGAAGACUUCGAGCUUCCUGACGUGGAAGGAGGGCAGGCUAGGUGGAGGUGGAUACAAGGCAGCGAGUGGAAAGUCGACGGUGCCGAGAAAGAUGCGAAAAGCGCUAAAGCCACAUCUGGAGAGGAAGCUGGGUGGAUCUACUACGAUAACAAAUGGCGAGAUGGACGAAGGGGACAAGAUGGAUGGGGCCGCUACACCCGCCGACGCAAGUGGUACCGCGAUGCUGAGCUCGUGGAGGUGACUCCAUCCACCGACAUCACUCCCAUCCCCACUCCCCGCCUCGAUCCCAUUGCGGAUGCCGUAGAGCCUUCCACACCGACACCCUCUUCAAAGCGACCGGCUCACUCACGUUCCGUCUCUACCGCGUCCACCACCUUAACCAAAGUCAGCUCCAACCCCAGCACCAUCGCCAGUUUAGCCGCCAGCGCAAUCGCCAGCACCGACACCACCGUCGCCGAGAGCAUAAACCCUGACCACUACACCUCUGACAUCGAUGCCGCGGCCAACAAGAGCAAGCGCGGAUGGUUCAAGAAGAGGGGCGGGAGGAGCCGCAGUAGGGGUGGUAGCGACACCACUGCUGCAACGAUUGCGACGAGUACAAGUAGUAACCUAAGUCGGAGGAGUGACGAAGACGAUGUGCAUACGCCGCUGGAGAGGACAGCGAGGGAUGAUGAAUGGAGGAUGGGGGACGAUGUGCGUAUGCAAUUGGAUAUCUGAUUUUUGGGGCUCCGGGCUGUGGCGCUUUUGGGUAUGGUAGGGUUAGUACGGGUUAUUAUACCAGGAUUUUCGGCACUGCAAUGGGAGAGUGUCACUACAUAGUUGAUAGUGCAUAGAUAAUGUAACG